AUGUCGGGCCCAUACCUCCAUCUGGAGGCUGCUAGAAAACCGGUAACUGCUGUCCACGUUCAGGCACAAGAUCUGCUCGUCGUCGAUCGCAUUCUAGAGCCCCAAACCGCCGCAAAGUUCUUUGGAUUUGCCUUUGGAAAUCCGCUUCCGAAUGGCACCCGGCCCUCCAUCCCUACUCUGGUCGAGGAAGAACUUGCCAUCUUAUACGGCAGCUACCCACCAGACUCCAAUGGAAAGUCUAUCAUGGAUCGUAUCAUGGCUCGUAUCGGCUCAGAUGAAGACAGUGGCCGACUCUGCGGUGUCGGCAAGAAUAUCCAGUCUCUCAAGUCUCGUUUAUGGGAAGGCAUUACUCCCUUAAGCGAUCAAAGAUGGCAGGAGAAAGAACUCCACCUCCAAGAGAACUUUGACCAGGCCUGUCAACAUCUAUCAGCCGUGCUCGCGGUGUUUGAGUAUCUCAAUACCCAACGAGUGCAAGAGAAUCUUCGCGUGACUUUCAACCUCAUUUACGAUCUCUGCGAAGAGCUAGAAAAGGUUAUCAAUAAGCGGAGGACCGAGACUGGCGUGGAGCUUGUCAGUGUCGCCAGUCUCUGGACCAUGUACAUGACCGCCCAUCUAGAGGUGGUGACCCAACGGGCGCAUAAAUGGGUCACACAGCAUGUCGACUCCUUGAGAGCUCCAUUGAUGCAAGAGCUGUUAUCCUAUCAGUCUUCGUUUGAGGGAAUUGGUAUUCCAGAUUCAAGGCAGUGGCAGCUUAUGGAUGCGCUCCAUGUGUUACUGGAAAUCUCCGUUCGAGCUGACUAUAACAUCAUGAUACCGAUGGAAGGCUACAAAGGGUACGUCCCUCCAGGAAAUUCAAGCGGGCCACCAGAGUUGUACACCAAAGAUGUUACUGAGCGAGGCCCAGUAUACUCCCAACGCGUAAAGCAUGUCAGUCACCAGAUCAUGGCUAAGAGAAUCAUUGAAAAAUUUUCCUGCGGUGACAAAUCCAAGCAAACUUCCGGUGAAAGCUAUCACGAUUCAGCAAUGGAUCAACUAAUUGCCCAGGAACAAGCCAGGAGAGAGAUGCGUGGAGAUUCGAUCGAUGCUACUCUGCAGGAGCCAUGGAUCGUUGCCACGUUGGCUCGUAUGGAGUAUUUGAAAGAGAUUGGCUCGUUCAAAGUCUGUGGACUGGCUAUUUAUCGUCUGACUUAUGGGCAAUCCGAGCAAGAGUGGAAGGAAUUUGUCCAGAAUCUGGAAACAAGCAUAUUUGCUUGGGGAGCAGGCCAGACAGGCAGUGACACUAUCAAGCCAUAUUUGAAACUCCACUGGAUAGACGGAAAGGAACUUGGUUUUGCAGAGGGUGACACUGAAGCAGCCAAAAGGCAUUUCAACGAGACAUUUAACGACAAUUCAGCCGAGAAUGAGAGCAAAAUCCCUCUGGUGCUACAACUCAACACGUUUCUUGUCAUUGACUCUGCGUCCUUUGCAUCAUACACCACCAAAGCCGAAGACCCCACCUCAUCUGGCAUGCUUCCAGGCGACUCCACCGGCUUUGUUCUCGCUGUCGACCCUGCGUUCGACCCGGUCAAUGGCAUCAGUAGACCGGAUGAGUCGCCCGAUUAUAAUGGCCAUAUGCGUAUUCUUGGAGGUCUGGUCUGGGGUGACUUGUACGCCCAACUGAAAUCCCAAUCGACGGAAUUAGACGACCUGUGGCCGCUGGCUAUGCACCAUCCAAACCAGGUGUAUGUCGGCCCUGUCACUCCGCUACAGGUGCUCAGCUGGCAAAAGUAG